UCUGGUAUCUUCUAUGUUGCUGCUCAUUCGAUUUGCUUUCUCUCAAAGCUAGUCUCAUUGAUUGAAUUUCUGCAUCAGUUCAUCAUGGUUGCUUCUUUACCAUUCAAGCUAGUCAACGACAGCAACUCAAGCAACGUCUGGGCCUACAUCACAGGCAUCAAUAUCGCUGAUGGGAGACGGGUUCUACUAGAAGCUGACGGCAAAACUCUUUAUUUCCCGGAAAAUCCCCCAGCCAUUGGAUCGCCGUUGGCAAAAGACUGUGCUAUUCCACUCGGCAAGCCCGGGAACACUGUCACGGCUACUGUGCCUCAAAUUGCCGGUGGUCGUGUGUGGUUUUCGAUUGACGACAAACUCAACUUCCUGUUGAAUCCAGGACCAGCUCUGGUAGAGCCCUCCGUGCUCAAUCCCAGCGAUCCGAGCGCGAAUGUCAACUUUGGUUUCUGCGAAUUCACGCUAAACGAUGCUCAGCUGUAUGCAAACAUCAGUUAUGUCGAUUUUGUUUCCAAUGUCCCCAUCGCAAUAACUCUGGAAAAUUCAGCUGGUGCGACGCAGAAUGUCUCUGGCAUGGCAGCGGAUGGUCUAGACAAGGUGUGCGCCGAUCUGCAGGCCCAGGCAAAGGAGGAUGGCAAGCCAUGGGAUAAACUGAUAGUCGAGAAGGACAGCAAGAACUUCCGCGUACUCAACCCGUCUCAUGGAGAUGCUGUUGGAGCAAACUUUGCAGGUUACUACGAGCCCUACGUAGAAGAAGUCUGGCAACACUACAGUACAGAUUCCAGGACCUUCGACCUUGACACACAAGCCGGUCCCGGUGUGCUGGAAGGCAAAGUCACAAACGGACAACUGAAAAUUGGCGAAGAGAGCUUCCAACAACCAAACACUGCAGAUAUCUUCGGCUCCAACAGCGGCCCAUUCACGACUGGACCCAAUGGUACUCGCAAUGCCAUCAUUCCUCGCCUAGCCGCUGGGUUCAACCGUACGACUUUGAUUUCUCAAACCCAGCAGCCCUCGGACCCAAGCACAUACUACAAGACCAACCCAACCAACCACUACUGUCGCAUUGUCCACAAGCACAAUCUCGACGGCAAAGGCUAUGGCUUUGCGUACGACGACGUACAGCCAGAAGGAGGAGCAGAUCAGUCUGGCAAAGUCAACGACGGCGCACCUACUCUCUUCACAAUUUCUGUGGGAGGCGAGCAUGCUUCCGCCACAGCUGCUGCUACCACUAAUAAGGAAGUGGAGGAACAAGACGAACCAGCCCAAGCAUCCGAGGCUGCUCCUGCCGCUCAGGAGAAUGGACAGCAGCCUAUGCAGGAGAGUCGUCCUUCAGUCCAGCAGCGGAAGAGUAGUGGGUUCCGUGGAAAGCUGAGCGGAUGGAAGAAGAAGUUUAUGCACUAGCUGUGCUGCGGUAUUAUCACGACCAUUUCCUAAGUACAUGCUAUGAUAUAUAUAUAUAUAUAUAUAUGCGCGAGAGUCUAUCUCUAAUGCCACCUUCAGUCUGUGUAAGUUACCUUUCUGGUCCAGUACGUGAGAUGAGCAUGUCGAAAGUCUUUGAGUGAUAAUGU